AUGUUUGACUUCCAAAAAGGACGAGGCCCGCUGGUCGAGGUGCAGGCGAUCGUGCGCGGCACGGCGCUGCUGCCCUGCGACAUCGAGCCGCCCGCGCCCAACGACAGCGUCAUCCUCGCCAUCUGGUUCAAGAACGAGAUGACGCCCUUCUACAGCUACGACGCGCGCGGCCGCGCCUCGGAGUCGGCGUCGCACUGGCGCGACAAGGCGAUCCUGGGUGAGCGCGGCUACUUCCGCACCGUCACCACGCCGGCCACGCUGUCGCUCAGCGAGAUCUCGGAGCGCGACGAGGGCGUCUACCGCUGCCGCGUCGACUUCCGACAGUCACCGUCCCGCAACACACGCCUCAACCUCACCGUCGUAGUUCCUCCGCAGAGGCCGACCAUCUUCGACGAACUGGGCCGUGAGCUGGUGGACCGCGCAGGACCUUACGAAGAGGGGGGCCAGAUGCGGCUCACAUGCAUCGUGACUGGAGGGCGGCCACCACCCUCGGUGCUGUGGUGGCGAGGAGAGCGGCUGCUGGAUGCGCUGGAGCUGCCCAGCUCUUCGUCCUUCCCAAACGUCCGCAAGAGCCAGCUAGUGGUACCGAGGUUGCGGCGUGCAGACCUAGGCGCCAUCUUCACCUGCCAAGCGGCCAAUAACAACAUUAGCCAGCCCGCACAGGCCAGCGUCUCCCUGGACCUCAACUUCAGGCCGCUGUCGGCGAGCAUCCUGAGCAGCGAGCAGCCGCUGUCGGCCGGCCGCAGCUACGAGCUCACCUGCCGCUCCGUGGGGUCGCGGCCGCCCGCCCGCAUCUCCUGGUGGCUGGACAGCACCAUGCUGCAGGGCGCCGUCGAGUCGGUGACGUCUGACGGCAACGAGACCAUCUCCCGGCUGCAGCUGACGCCGGCGCCGGCUGACCACGACAAGAUGCUCACCUGCCGCGCCGAGAACCCGCAGCUGCCCGCUGCCGUUGAGGAGGACUCCUGGCGCCUCAACAUCUUCUAUGUUCCUCAGACUGAGCUUCGCUUAGGAGCAAACCUGAAUCCUAACGACAUCGAGGAAGGGGACGAUGUGUACUUCGAAUGUGAAGUCAACGCCAAUCCCAGUGCCUACAAAGUGAUGUGGAAGCACAACGGGGCGCCGCUGCAUCACAGCACGUCUGACGGCAUCAUCGUAAGUACGCACAACCUGGCGCUGCAGAUGGUGAGCAAGCACCAGGCUGGCAACUACACCUGUUCCGCCUCCAACAUCGAAGGCGACGGCGCCAGCAACACCGUCCAGCUCAGGGUCAUGUACAAGCCGGUGUGCCGGCCCGGGCUGCAGCGCGUGUACGCCGUGGCGCGGCACGAGGUGGCGCGCGUGCAGUGCCGCGUGGACGCCUUCCCGCUGCCCGACGCCUUCCGCUGGUCCUUCAACAACUCGGCGGAGAGCGUCGAGGUGCCGCCGCACCGCUUCAACUCGUCCGCCACCGCCUCCGUGCUGGCCUACACGCCCGUCGCCGAGAUGGACUACGGCACCGUGCUCUGCUGGGCCGACAACACGGCGGGCCGCCAGCCGCACCCCUGCGUCUUCCACGUCAUACCUGCUGGCAUCCCGGAACCGCCGUUCAACUGCUCGGUGGCGAACCAGACGUCCGAGACGGUGCACGUGCGCUGCCUGGAGGGCUUCGACGGCGGGCAGCCGCAGCUGUUCGUGCUGGAGGUGGCGGACGCGGCGGGCGGCCUCGUGCUGGCCAACCUGUCGUCGCGUGCGCCGCUCUUCACGGUGGAGGGGCUGGCGCCGGGCCAGGCGCUGCGCCUCUCCGUGUACGCCGCCAACUCCAAGGGCCGCAGCGACGCCGUCCACUUCGAAGGCGCCACGCUCAAGGCGGCCGAGAAGCAGACAGGCCCGCCCGACCAGCUGGAGAUGUCGCCGCUGUUGGGGGUGCUCCUCGGCUUGGUGCUGGUGCUGGUGGUGGUGACGGCCGUGGUGGUGGGCACGCUGAGAGCGCGCUUCAAGCGGCGGCGCAUUCCGCGGCCCGGCGACCUCGCCUUCAAAGAGAAGGCUGCCGCGCUGUUCGCGCCCGCGCGCCACGACCGGCACGACAAGGACGAGAUCAACCCGGACGUCAUACCCUCCAACUCCGUGGCAGAGACGGCGCAGGACUCGUGCGCUCAGACGCCUGCAGCGGACGUCGAGACGGAGGAGGCGGGGCUGUUGCCCGCAACGCCGGGUCAACCGCCGCCCCCUGGUGGCCCCGUCGCUGACGCCGCCCUCGUUGCAGAGCAGCGGCUGCAACUUACGUCCAACGGACAGCCGCCUCCCACGAGAAGGGACGUUUGGGACUGUCAGGGGCCCGGUGUAGACAGCCCUACAGAGCCUGCGCUGCCGGCUGCGGCCUUUGCGCCUGAGCGGCCUUCGGCGCUGCCCAGCAGACUGCCGCCCCUGGUGCCGGCACCGCCCUCCGUCGCGUCGGUGCUGGCGUCACCUGUCACGCCCACGGGCUGCGGUCACCCACUCCGAGAGAUCGUCACCGUGCGUACGCCGCUCAUGGCCGCCGCCCACCAGGAGAGCUGCGUCUAGCGCGUGGGACUGACUGCAGACUGAUACACCUCGUGUUCCAGUAUCGACUUCUCACGAGAACAGCGCAACUGUAGCUGUCACAACUCGUCAUACGGUAUCCGGCGACAAUAGUGCAAAAUAGAAAUGGAAGGUCCUGUUGGGGAAGGGUUAUGAACUGUGGGAACACAUUUCCUACUUCUCAGUAUCACCUCCGUACCAGGAACUUAGUUUACUGACGUGAAAUUUGAUGGCCCUCGAACGCAUACCUCUCACGGUCAGAAAACGUACUCUCGCAUUACUCGCCUGCAGAUUUGCUUAAGUUCUGCUGUGCUUCUGAAGGUUAAAGACGUAACGUAUUUGCUCAGAAGCUACCAGUGGAUGAUACUACAGCGCUCAAAUGUAUACCUGCUAAUCCUGUACCCAGAUCCAGCGUGACAUGGUGCAUAAUUAUAGUACACUGAAACAGGAUUAUCAACUGUAUUGAUCACUUACAUAGGGCAUUGAUCACAGUCGUAUUAGGUUGAUUCGAUAUUUAAUCAUAACUGCUGGGUGGUUUUCCAUUGGCACUUAAUGAUUAAAUAUAUUCCAAUGACCAGAGCAGCGUCUUGUGUUCUCUCUCCUCUUUACAAAUGACUCAUUAUGCUACUGACUUUGUGGUGCGUCUCGUCUACUCUCCACUUAAAAAUGGUUCACUUCCUGCCUUUCAGAUAUGGUUCAUUAUGUGACUGAGAUCAUUGGUGUUGCAUUAAAAUUCACAGAAAAAUUUGAACACUUUGCUCGUUAGAAAAUAUUUCUCAACUUGUCAUAUUUUCCUGUUCAAAGGAAAGAUAAGUGAUCAGGAACUGUGACAGUUCUUUCCUUUACUCUUUAGUCUCUCUUGUUUAUCAAAAGUUUCAUUGAGUGUUAUUAUCUACUGAAAUGGAUACUAUACUCGUUUACAUAUGUGAUGAGUAGUAAAACUGUAACCUACAAAAUUUUGCAAUUAUCCUCUUUGUCCAUGAAAUUACAUUCAAAUUUUCUGAGCCGAGUUCAUUUGCUUGAUAUAAUAACACCACCCUAGAGAAAGGAGGAGUGUGUCACUGAGUUUGUAAGUUGAUGGCGUUGUUUUCGAUAUAAUAUACAAAUUCCCUUCUAACGAUCUCUUCUGCACUAUGCUAAUAACACAAAGAAUAACCUGAGUAUAUUUUAUGGUGUUUCAAACUGUACAUUAUUAAGUGACUUCCUCAGUUUCACUAAUACAUGUGUACAGUAAAUAUACGGGAUUUAAGUCACACUGGAGAUCAGUUGUGCAGCCAGAAUGUAAUAAUUCAAUAAGUGCAUGUUUAUGUACAAGCUAUGAUCGUUUUGAAAAUGCAGUAUUUAUAUGUGAUGUAAUUGUUAAUGAAUACUGAUAUUUAUACAUGUGUUACCAUGUGCUUGGAAAAUUUUUAUGAAGCAACAUUGAUCGCAGAGGAUAUAAAUGUCUGUAUAAAAACCGUUGGGUGUUAAACAUUUAUGAAGACUGUUUGCUGAAAAGAAUGCAUAUCGAUGACAUGUUUAUUCUUCGAAUGUACGAGCGAGGAGAGUUUAUAACAAAUCCUACUCAAUACUGUUCAGCGUUCUAUGAAGAACUGUUGUGAGGCCACAUUUUAGCUUAUAUAUGCCUAUUCCUAAAGACCAAUGCGAAAUUACAUACAAAUUGUCGGAACUGAUGUGACUGUGAGAUGUGAGAUAAAAGUUUAUUAAGUUUUGUACAUCUUUCACAAACUUCACGUGUCAUAUGAUUUUGGUAUUUUUGUAUUUGUCGAGAUAGAUCUCUAAUUAGUCAGAAGUGUAAUCCCAAAUUAGUUCAGCUGAAUGAAACUGCAGUUAUCUCUGAUGUAUGUGUCAUGAUUUCCUAACAAUGCAAUAAUGUUGUAAUUUUAUGUAAAGAGAUUUAAUUUGUGUGUCUACAACACUAUACCGAGAAACAUGUUUACACUUCUCUUUUACUUUUCCGAACUUACUAAUAAUAUUGUAACGUUAACAAAAUGGAUUGUAUAC